AUGCCCCACACCAGCUCGAAAGGCAUUGAUGGUGCUCUCGCGCGCAACAUCCUUCUCGGAUCCGAACGCGUAGUUUCGCAUCCUGGAACUAGUCAAUUCGCCAAUGGUGCCCAGGGCGCGGGGACAUCAGCGUGUGGCUUAGCGGUACUCAACUUUGCGAGGUUAGUCUUCGAACAGGAGAAAUAUGGUGCGCAGAACGAGGAUAUGCUGCAGAUUAUCACUAGCAAGAGAUUCUUCAUGGAUGUUACAUCCAUCUGUGCAGGUUGGACUAGCGACUCGCACCUCGAAGUCGAGGACAUAUCUACCAUUCCCUUGUUUGAUAAGACUCUCAGGUCACUUUCGACAAAAUAUGGCCGUCCUGGAAUUGAUUAUUUUACCGAGUUACUACGCGAGCUGGAAACCACUGCAUCCUCUGCGAUAGCCGUCAUAACACGUCCUCCAGAGAUAAUUGGAUGUCUCAAACUCGCCACGUCGGUUAAAGACCUCUUCCUCAUCUUUGACUCUCACCCGCGACCUGCCCACCCCAAGGGUGCAGGUCUCACUUUCAACGCCUCGCUCUCAUCCGCCGCCGCCAAACUAGCCGAUAUUCUACCAUUCGACAACCGCCUGCUGGAGCAUGGCGAGCUACACUGGCAAGCACAGUUGCUUGCGAACUGCUCAGGCCAUAUUUUCGUGGCGGGCCCGGGCUUGACAGGACCCACAGGAAACGCUGAAUAUGCGAUGCAGGUGGUUCUAGAGUCAAGCCUCGCGAUACUGGCCCUUCGUGCUGAAGUCGCGGACCUGAGGUUUCAGAAUUCGACACUAACGUCUGAAAAUCAGCGGCUUGAGGUUGAGCUGGAGCAGAUAGAAGAACGUCGCGAAGAGCGUCAAAGACUGCGUCAAUCGGCUAGAGGACACCAUCAUGCAGAAACACCUCGCACAACGCAGCCAUAUUCUCCACGGGAUCGAAAUGCAGCAGCGGGUCCUUCACGCGAGCAUUCUGACUCCUACCAUCGAUCUCCACACUCGUCUGCCAAUCCAAACACCCGCAGCGACGAAAAACUCGCAGAGCAAGUGCAAAUUGACAUGAUAUACGGAUCUGAUUCAACAAAUUUCAAAUUCUCUGAUGCCACAGCGGUACAAAUGCAGCAACGGUUUGACGAAGAAGAUAAACUUCUCCGCAUUCAAAGGGAAGAAUUUGCAUCACAGAUACAAUCUGCUUCAGCACGUCAGUUUCUUUGUAGUAUAUGUUUGGAAGAGUAUUCCGAAGAAAACAUCGUUCGCCUCGAAUUUUGCGACCACGCCCUAUGCAGAACAUGUACGAAGGACUAUGUGAGCUCGAAGCUCGAAGAACAUCGGUUUCCAAUUUUGUGUCCUAUGUGCAUGGCAGACGAUCAUAAGGGUAAUCCUGGAACAAUCACAGACAUAACUGUCCAACAAAGCGGCAUCACAAACCAGCAAUUCGAUAUCUGGGUUGAACUACAGAUGAGCCAGUUUUCUGUGCUUGUUCACUGCCGCAAAUGUAAAGGUUCGGCAUAUGUGGACAGGCAAGACCUCGAGGACACCACACUUCUUCCUUGUCCUCUCCCAGACUGCAACUAUAUCUGGUGCAAGGCAUGCCAGCAAUCAGUGGUCAUAGGAGGUGCUAAGCAUUCGUGUGAUGGAUCUUCGGAACUGGACCAUCUGAUGAAACAAAGAGGAUGGAAAUAUUGUCCUAGUCAGUAA